AUGCAUCAUUCACCAAAACGUGUUCGGACAGCCCAGUCUGGGGCCUGUAGUCACUGCGUGAAGCGGAAAGAACGCUGCUAUAUCGGUAACCAAUGUUCCCAGAGUGUAGGUACUCCUAACAUCGUGGAGAAAGUUGCUACUUCUGGUAGCUCUCGCUCGCAGGCGAAGAGGCGCACGCCUUCGAUGAAACACUGCGAAGAAGAAUUAUUUGCCUCUCAGCUGCAAAUUGCGGAGCGCGAGCAGACGUUCCGUUGCGCUGCACCUGAUAUUGUCCCGACGACCUAUCCCCUCGACAAUUACUUGUCCAUUAUUGAUCAAUUUCUUGGGCCGCAGCAUGACCCAUGUCCACUGGUGACAAGUACUCCUGACUACGUGACGAAACUACCAGAUCGACUCGGGCCAGACGAUGUCGCAUACGUCGAGGCAAAGGGAGCGUUAUGUCUUCCAACCGCUCGCUUUCGCACGGAACUGCUGAAAAGCUAUAUCCUCUGGGUCCACCCCGAGGUGCCUGUGUUGGACUUAGAUCUUUUCCUGCGGGCCAUUGCAAACAACGACGGUAUCAACCCAAUAAGCCUGCUCUUGUUCCACGCCGUGAUGUUUGCGGGUGCAGCCUUUGUCGACAUGAGCCACAUCCACCAGGAGGGAUAUACCACUCGUGAGGGAGCGCGGGAAAUUCUAUUCCAACGGGCAAAGGUACUGCUGGAAGUUGAAUGUGAGGACGACCGUCUCGCCACCGUACAGGCGUUGUUACUCUUAGUCCAUUGGCAAGAUGUGCAAAACACGGAAAAGGACGCGAGUCACUUAAUCGGAAUUGCUCUGUCUCUGGCAGUAUCAAUUGGCCUUCAUAGGAGCCCUGAUCUCUCUUCCAUGUGUCUCCGCCAACGGCGCGUUUGGAGGAGAACGCGGUGGAGCCUGUAUAACCACGCGCGACUAACAUCGGAAGAUUUACUCACGAUGAUGACUAUCGAAGGGGACCAUCAUGUCGGCGAGGCACCCGAACUAGGAGUUAUCACACUAUGUGAUUUCGAAUUCGAGAUACUGGCUCCGGAAGUGCGGGCUGUCGUUGAUGACUGCGAGGUACUCCGCAGUCUUGAGAAGCAAACCACCCAGGCAAUUCUGUUUGUAGAAAAGACGAAGCUGUGCUGCAUAUCGCAAUUCUCUAGCUUCUCAAAUAGGGUGAAGAACCUGCUAUUAGCUCCCGAUAAGCCAGGAAUUCACGUAUGCCCCAAGCCGGGUGACCUGUUCGGCAAACGAAGUCUGGAAGAACUUGAGAACUGGUAUGACCGACUCCCGUAUGCAGCUCAGACUAGCUUUCCAAUAUCAUUGGCGCCAACCCCUUGGGAGAGAAGUAUAUAUCUGCACCGUGCUUGGCUGAAGCUCCUAUACCUGGGUAUUUCAUAUGCCACCCUCUGGGAAGAUAUUCAAGGCAUGCCAGAUUCGAUUAGCCCCGGAUUUAUGACAGAAUACCUUGCAACGCUUGACAAAUACCUCGUUGAAGUAACCGAUCUAUUCGAGGAGGUUUAUAGCCUGGACAUCUCUGGCUUACUCCCUGGUCCGGCAGUGGCGCUGUUAGUACUUGCAAUCGCAUACAACCGCCGACUUCGCGAUUGCGACACAUUCAAGACCCGGAAGGCCGCCCUUAAGGUUCAUCAGUGCUGGAAUAUCAUGCGACAAUUGCGCGGUGUCUCGGUUUUGGCAAGGGGAAUGGAUGAUAUCCUGAGCGAUAGAGCGUCGGAUCAUCAAUGGAAUCGUCUGACUUCCAUUCUUCUUAUCCCAUAA